CCAGUGCUUAACGUACUGCUGGGCUUCAUUCCACCAAUGUCGUCUGCGUGACUACCAUGUCCCAGACUCUGAAAUAAGCUCUCUGAACAUUUCCUGGAUGGAUGGGUAGAUAGAUGGAUGAUGGAUAUUAUUGCUGUCCAAUGGACGGCUCCACCCGGUGCAGUGGGAGUCCCCAGUCCUCCUCCCCUCACCCCCUCUCACCGGGCUGUCAUUUCACUUUGCUAAAAGCCUCUGUUCCCGUGGAGCCAUUUAGACCGGUCCCUCUCUGUGCUCAGACCACGGCUAGCACUUUCCUUUUCUCCCUCCACUCCGCAUCCAGCGGACUCUAGAAUCAAGGCCAGCAAACUGGGUGUGAACGGAAGGAGCGGCUCAUUACUUGCCAUUAUUUACCUCUGAGUGUAUGCACUCCCAUUCCUUCCCAUAUUCAUUUGCUCUCUCGCUCUCUCUCCUCGGGAUCUGGUUCAGCCGCAGUUGAUGCUCAUCUGCAUCUAGCCCUAGAGAACCUGCAGGACUCUGGGGAGGAGGAAGAGGGGGUGGGGGCGACAAGAGAAGGCGGCAGCCGCAGCGGCGGGCCGAGGUGCGGCAGCCACACGAUCCCGGGCCCACGCCGCGCCGCCCAGGAAGCCCAUGCCCGGCCCGUGCCGCCUGGGGCUUGCCCAUGAAGCCUCUGCCGAGCCGGAGGAGGAAAACCCAAGGCUUCUCGCUGGGACUCUUCGCCCUCUGCCUGGCCACGGCCCGCUCUCUGCAAAGUCAGGGAGUGUCACUGUACAUCCCCCAUCCCACCAUCAAUGCCACCGUCAAAGAAGACAUCCUACUCUCGGUUGACUACUCCUGCCACGGCGUGCCCACCAUCGAAUGGAAGUACACGUCCAGCUGGGGAGCGCAGAAGAUCGUGGAGUGGAAACCAGGGACGCAGGCCAACAUCUCGCAGAGCCACAAGGAUCGAGUCUGCACCUUCGACAACGGUUCCAUCCAGCUCUUCAGCGUGGGCGUGAGGGAUUCCGGCUACUACAUCAUCACCGUGACGGAGCACCUGGGGAGCAGCCAGUUUGGCACCAUCGUGCUACAUGUGUCUGAGAUCCUCUAUGAAGACCUGCACUUUGUCGCUGUCUUCCUUGCUUUUCUUGCUGCUGUGGCCGCAGUGUUAAUCAGCCUCAUGUGGGUUUGUAAUAAGUGUGCGUAUAAAUUCCAGAGGAAGAGAAGACACAAACUCAAAGAAAGCACAACAGAAGAGAUUGAGCUGCAAGAUGUUGAGUGUUAGCCAAGGCUGGCCCCAAUGACAUUCCUACCUCAAGAGGAAAACACUAUUUUCCAGCAAAAGGAGCAAACACAGCCAGUCCGCCCUUUAGCUUCCCGUGGACCUAUUCUGAUGGGAUAGCUGGAAGUUCACAAAAUGGACUGCAUGGGUUGGACAGUUGUAGGACUUGCACUGAAUUCAAGGUGAAGAGGAACCAGGAGCUUCGCUUGCCUUCAGGGCCAGGCUGACCCAUAACCAACAGCACAGUGCAGGCCCCAGCUGCUUGUUUGUGACACCUGUGGGAGGAGUCCCCGUUCCAGAGCAUCGUGAGACACAUGUGCAGCCCUCCCUGGAACAUGCCGUCUGUGCCCCCGCACUGUCUGCUCUGUCCACCGCUGUGCCCGCUAGUCCCUCGCCUUGUGCCCCACAAGCACUGCUGAGGGAGCUAUGUGAGAAAACCUGAGGCUGUAGUGAGUUACUCACAGCGAGGCCCUAUGGCUUAGAGCUUUAGGGAGAGAAACUCAUUGGAUACGAGGGAUAGGGAGACAAGUCUUUUCCCUUUCUCUCUCAUUCCGACAGUAACUGGCUGUUCCCUCCUAUGGCCCAAACUUAGGCCACUGUGAAGGAAACAGAUAGCCACCACAGGCAGCACCUGGCCUCCUGACACGCAGCGAUGCCACCUGUGUGAAAGCUGAGCCUGCCCACCUCACCCCCCCCACUCCCACCCCCAGUCACAGUCAGUCUGUCUCUCCCAUCAGGCCUUUGCUUUCUCCUCCCUGGGUUGAGGAACACUUGGCCUUCACUACCUCAUAGCCAGGGUAUCAAGAGAAGCUCACAGUAUGCACAGAACUCAUGAAGCAAUUUAAGAAAAGCAUGAAAAUUCUUCAGGGAUCUGGAAAGUGCUAUGCUGAGUAUUAGAAACUAAAACGUGCUGGGGCUUUGAGGCUACAGGGGACCAAACUGCACCUGGCCUUGGCUUUAUUCUCUCAGGUUGUUGGUCACAAUGUUUACCUCUAAGUUUCUCCAUCCUGACUUGCAUUUGGCAAGCUCUAAAUGCAAGCAUGAAUUUAUUUCCCGUUCUCUUUUGCCCUCUCAAAUAGUCACAGCUAAGGACCAAGGGUACCAGGUGGAUUAUGAUAGAAUCCAUGGUCCUUAGCCUUGUGCCCAGCCCUCAGCUGCAAAUUCACCCAUGUGUAGGAGUGAAGGGAAAUUCCCUGGUGACCACCACCCCAUGAAGGUCCACUGGAACAAACUGACAAAGACUCACUAGGAGAAAAAAGGCUACACAUUUGUUAACAAGUGAGAGAAGAAACAUCAUUCAAGGGGAAAUCAGAGCUGUGACUGCUCAGCAGCAUAAAAUCAUUAAGCCGGGAUACUCCUUUUUCUAUAGAGAAUGAGGAAUAUGUGGUGUGUGUGUGUGUGUUGUGUGUGUGUGUAUGGAGGGUCCCUGAGACAAAGCUUAGCUUGUAACGAGAUUCUCUUCAGAAUCUGAGCCCAAGGAAAAAAAAUUAUCUUGUAAUAGAACUCCAUCCAGGUGCAGUUACAUUCCUCAGUCUCCUCCUGAGAGACAGAUACGAUUUCAGGGUAAGGACAGAAGGCAAUUGCUUUCCCUUUUACAGUCUGGUUAAAUGCAGAGAGAAAUGGUGGACAGAAAGAAUACAAGGUUAGAGGGACCUGAGUCUAAGCCUACUGAAGGCUUUUUUACCAUUUCAAUCAAGUCACUCAGUAAGCAAAAA